AUGGACUACGCUCGCAAGCGUUCAAGAAAUGCUGGUGAGGGCGAUGGAAGCGAUGGGUUUGGAGCUUUAGAAUCUCUUUCACGACCCAUCAGCCCACCGCGCAAGAAAAUCCGUCAAGUGGACAUGCAUAAAUCACCAUGGCAGCUCACUCGAGUCCGAGAUCUCCCAGAUGAAGUAAACAAGGAUACCGUUUCGCUCAAAGAUCUUCUAGGCGAUCCUCUGAUUAGAGAAUGCUGGCAAUUCAACUUUCUGCAUGACAUCCCCUUUGUCAUGAAUUCGUUUGACGAAAGCAUUAAACACUUGGUUAUGCUCCAUGUAGUCCAUGGAUUCUGGAGGAGAAGCGACCUGAGUCGAAUUGUUCUUUCGGGUGACGCAGCCCAGUAUCCCAAUGUUCAUUUGCAUUGCGCACCCAUGCCCGAAAUGUUUGGAACACACCACUCCAAGAUGAUGAUAUUGUUUCGCUCCGACAGCACGGCCCAAAUCAUUAUUCAUACAGCAAACAUGAUCCCAAAGGAUUGGACCAAUAUGACCAAUGCAGUGUGGAAAUCUCCAAAACUCCCGUUGUUAUCGGAGCCAGAUGUCAUAUUCCAACACGGACAGGUGCUUCCCGUUGGCAGUGGCGUAAGAUUCAAAGCGGAUUUAUUGUCAUAUUUGAUGCUGUAUGAUUCGUAUAGGGUCACUUGUAAGCCACUGGCAGAUCAUCUCGUCAAUUUUGACUUUUCCAGCAUACGGGCAGCGUUCAUUGCCAGUGUUCCCGGCAAGCAUGACUUUCGCGAUACUUCUGGACCUGCUUGGGGCUGGGCUGGGCUGCAAAAGUGUUUGAGAGCGGUGCCCGUUGAACCAGGAGAGUCAGAAAUCGUCGCCCAAAUAUCCUCCAUUGCGACGCUUGGUGCUAAGGAUGAUUGGCUGCAGCGCACGCUGUUUGAUUCACUAGCUACAUCUCUCACCCCGAAUGUGAAGAGGCCCAAUUUCAAAGUUGUUUUCCCCACAGCAGACGAGAUCCGGAAUUCACUGGACGGAUACGCCUCGGGGAAGUCCAUUCAUACCAAGAUCAAUUCAGUGCAGCACAUUCGACAGCUGCACUAUCUUCAACCAAUGCUGCAUCACUGGGCCAAUGACAGUAAGGAUGGAGCAGAAGAGUAUGAAGAGGUGCUUAUCCGUGGCGACAGCGGGCGAAAUCGUGCUGCUCCACACGUCAAAACAUACAUCCGGUUCAACCAGAACAACACAAUUGACUGGGCCAUGCUAACGUCGGCCAACAUAUCGAAGCAGGCGUGGGGCGAUACCCUGAAGCUCACUACCGGGGAAGUUCGGAUCGCUUCCUGGGAAGUUGGCGUACUGGUGUGGCCGGGCUUGCUCUGCGAAGACGGGGUCAUGGUAAGCUCGUUUCAGUCAGAUACCGCAGACAUGUCGUUUUUUUCUCAGGCACAGAGACCCAUCAAGAGACCAGCCAUAGCCACCAUGAGUCCCGCGACCAAUGGUAACUCUGGGCCUUCUGGCCAUGAGCACCCGGCCUUUUCGUCCUCGUUCCGCUCGGGCUCGCCUCUUGCCGAGCAGGUUCUGGCCCAAGACAUCGCAGCGUGCUCCGACGAUGACUUUGACCCCGCCGAUGACCUGCUUGACCCCGAGCAGCCCCAUCACUUCAUGUACCGCCGACCAAGCGGCGUGGCUUACGGAGCAGCGCGGCCUGCCUUCAAUCCCAGUGGGCUGGAAGAGCCCAUAUUGACACCGCUGGAGCGAAAGCAGUCUCGCGAUGCUGAGCGCAGCCUUUUGCGAGACAACCAUGUCCUUCCCCCGAAACACGCCAACAAGAGCCAGUCGUUGCCCGCUCGAAUGUACCGAAAGCUGUUCAGUACCAAGGUUCCCGUCGAAGAAUCCAGCGACGAGACCGACGAGGACGAGCCGCUGCUCUCCCGUGAUCCAGACCGUGACUACGGCACACAGCCCAGACGGCAGCGAUCUGAAGUGGAGGGAGAGGAAGACGUGGAUGAGCAGUGGGAGGAAGCCAUAACGGCCGGGCGGAUUCGCACCACAUGGCAGCGUGAAGCAAAGACGGUUUUGUCCUACUGUGGACCUCUUAUCGUCACCUUCUUCCUGCAAUAUUCGAUCAACGUUGCGGGCAUCUUUGCCGUUGGUCGAAUUGGCACCAUCGAGCUGGGGGCCAUAUCAUUGGCCAACAUGUCGCAAGCCAUCUCCUGCUUGGCCCCGUUCCAAGGCUUGGCCACCAGUUUAGAUACUCUGUGCGCCCAGGCUUAUGGAUCUGGCCACAAGCAUCUCGUCGGCUUGCAGUGCCAGCGCAUGGCAUGCUUCCUGCUUACCCUCUCUGUGCCCGUAAUUAUGCUGUGGCUGUUUGGAGCCGAGCCCAUUUUGCAGCGCAUGGUACCCAACCCCGAGUCUGCUCGACUUGCCGCCCUCUACCUCAGAGUCAUGAUCUUUGCGAUUCCCGGCGUCAUUCUCUUCGAGUGCGGCAAGCGCUUCACUCAGGCGCAGGGCCUCUUCCAGGCCACCACCUAUGUCCUCCUGUUCGCUGCUCCCUUCAACGUCUUCCUCACUUGGUUGCUCGUCUGGAAGCUCGAGUAUGGCUUCGUCGGCGCUCCCAUGGCCGUUGCCAUCACGGAGAACAUCUUGCCACUUCUCCUCUUCUGCUAUGUGCGCUUUGUCAACGGCCGAGAAUGUUGGGGCGGCUUCAGCAGGCGUGCGCUUAACAAUUGGUGGGUCAUGAUCCGGCUGGCGCUGCCGGGUAUGAUCAUGGUCGAAGCCGAGUGGCUCGCUUUCGAGAUCCUGACCCUAUUGGCCAGCCGCUUCGGAUCUGACUACUUGGCGGCCCAGAGCGUUGUCUCGACGAUUGCGUCCAUCUCAUACCAGAUUCCUUUCCCCAUGUCGAUUGCUGCCUCUACCCGUGUUGCCAACUUGAUUGGAGCCGGCCUUGUCGACGCAGCCAGAGUGACUGGCAAAGUGACUUUUGUCAUUCACUGUAUCCUUGGAUUGCUCAAUUUCACACUCUACAGCAGCCUUCGAUUUCACUUACCUCUGCUCUUCACCGACGAUGAGACGGUUAUUUCCAUUGUCGCCAGCAUUUUGCCUGUUGUCGCCGUCAUGCAGGUGUUCGAUUGCAUGAGUGCUGGUGCCCACGGAUUGCUACGUGGUAUCGGCAAACAGAGCAUAGGCGGACCAGUGAACCUGAUUUCGUACUAUGCUAUAUCGUUGCCCAUUUCGCUCGCACUGUCCUUUGGACUUGGCUGGAAACUGCAAGGUCUAUGGGCUGGUGUCAGCGUGGGCUUAUUCCUGGUUACGACAAUCGAAUAUACCUACCUGUUGAAGACUGACUGGAAACAAGCAGCUCGAGAGGCUGCCGUCAGAAAUGCAGCGGGCUAG